CUUUCAUUUGAGUUUCUUAGGGCUGGCGGCAACCAUGAAAAACGAUCAACCCAAGUUUCUUCCCCUGCGAAAGUGAAAAGGCUCUUUUCAUUACUAAGGUACAAAUAUGAGUUGGAGUUUAAGAACCGAGGGAAUUAUAGAGAAGAAGGUAUAUGGUUUAUCCGGCGAAUUUCCUCCAACAAUCUCAAGAAAGUAUCUGGCGUCGGAUAUAUCUGCACACGUGAUGUCACAACGCUGUGAUACACCCGCAUGGGAAGCCAUUUUCAAUCGGAUAAACGUUCACAAAAGUCUUCUAUAUAUAAUGGUGAUAAUUCUGACUAUUUCACAAUUGAAAUGGUCUGUGGAGGUCAUCCUGCCACUGUUAACGGCCAAUUCGAGCGUGGAUGUCUUACAGUUAAUUAUUUUGAUUUCUGUGAAAUGGAUAAGAUGUCAUAUAUGGAGUUGGUGGCCAUGGCAAAGGAAAUUCAGCAUACCGGACUAGUUUGUUUUUAUUGGAAACGUUAUACCCCCAAUGUAGAAGAGUCUCCUUUUUUAUUAAUAGUCGGUGACGAAGAUGUUUUAGAAAUGUGUAGAAAUCGACCACCUGACAGGCAAGUCACAAUCUACCUUAGUUAUGAAUUAAUGCCAAUGUUGGAUCAUACUAUGGUCACAUAUAGUGCUCCAUCUGAUGAACAACUCUUGAAACAAG